GUGGCUGUGGCGUUUCCGUUUCAGUGAACUUUGAGAUUCACACAGAAACAAACAAGAAUAGAAACUGAUACUGACAGCACUGAAGAAUAGCACAGCCUGUGCUGCCAUGCUGCCAUCAUCCUGUGACACCUUCGUGGCUCUGCCCCCCUCCACUGAGGGACAACGCAUCAUUUUUGGGAAAAACUCUGACAGGCCUUGUGAUGAAGUCCAGGAGGUGGUGUACUUUCCUGCCACAGACUAUGGUGCAGGGCAGAAGGUGGAGUGCACGUACAUUGAGAUUGACCAGGUUGGCCACACAUUUGCAGUUGUGUUGAGUAAACCUGCUUGGCUGUGGGGGGCAGAGAUGGGGGCAAAUGAGCACCAGGUUUGCAUUGGGAAUGAGGCAGUGUGGGGCAGAGAGCGUGCUGAUGAGGACGAGGCGCUUCUAGGCAUGGACCUUGUUCGACUUGGACUUGAGAGGGCCGACACAGCUUCGAAAGCGGUGGAUGUGAUCACUGAGCUGCUGGAGAAGUACGGCCAGGGAGGCCCGUGCAUGGAGGAUGAAUGUGGCUUCACCUACCACAACAGCUUCCUCAUCUCAGACAGGAAGGAGGCGUGGCUGCUGGAAACAGCUGGGAAGCACUGGGCUGCUGAGAGAGUGGAAGGUGGAUAUCGCAACAUCUCAAACCAGUAUGGCAUAACAACCAAGAUCGACAAGGAGCAUCCAGAAAUGAGGGAAUACGCCCGAAUUCAAGGCUGGUGGGAUGGAAAGACUGAGUUCAACUUCGCCGCGGUCUAUUCCUUUUUGACCACAGCGCGAAUAGAAGCUUCUGGGAGCCGGUACUGUGAGGGGAAGAAGCUGCUGGAACAGAGCAACGGUCACAUCACUGCGGAGACGAUGAUGGACAUCCUCCGGGAUAAAGACAGCGGCAUCAACAUGGAGGGCAUGUUCAUGACAACAGGAAGCAUGGUGUCUGUGAUACCGACGGACCCCGCCCUGCCCGGGGUUCACUACUUCACCGCAACUCCAGAUCCUGACAGGUCCGUGUUCAAACCGUUCAUCUUUGUGAAGGAUGCUCAGCCCAUUAAGGAGACCUCCUCCCCCAGCUACGGUCCAGACGACCCAGUGAAGAAGAAACCACGCUUUCAGAGCAAGCCUGACCGCAAACACGAGCUGUUUGUCAAACACGAGUUGGUGGCUGCCAUCAUGGAAUCCUACAAGGAUCGAGAACAGAAGAUCCGAGAUGCAAUGAGGCAGCUGGAGAAGAAGACGAUGGAAAAGAUGGAGGAGUUUCUGCUGCAAGGCAUUGCGGAGCCGAUAUAUCUGACAAACCAGUUUUCUGCUUCUGUCCAGGAAGAGAUUUGUGUUUAUAACAAACACUGACAGGCAGGCAACACAACUAAGAACUGAAACAGGUUUAAAAAAGCAUCAGAAUCUUUGUUAGUGCUGCUAAUUUCCUGUUAGUCAGAUACAGUCCUGUUGGUUUGAUAAGCAACUUAAACUCAACAUAAUCAAUCAAGUUUGCCUAAGAAUGAACAAUCCUGUAAGAAAAGGUUUAAUAAAAUUUAUUUUUAAGCAAACAUUGUCAUCGGAAAGCAUGAAACACACAUUCAGGCAUGAUUUUUAAAAAAACAAAACAAAGCAUUUGUUCCAGUGUUGUCAGGAUUGAGUUAAUAAACAUUUUACAUUUCAGUAUUACACUGUGACACCUGAGCGUAAAAUAGACAGCAGCAGCUUCAGCCUUUCAGCUUUAGGUCUACGAGGAAGACACUUUAUAUUUUUAGCUUGAUUAACAUAUUUCUUCAUCUUGUCUUUAAAUUGUGCCUGUUUGUUCGACAUAUUCAGUUAAAAUAACUGUUCAUUGUUUUUUUUACUGCUUGUAGCUUUCUGUCCCUCCUUUUGUCCUUUACUGGCAAAGUCUGUUAUGACUUAAAAAAAAAAAAAAAAAAAGAAAAACACACAGAUGGAGUGUAACGAUUGUUAUACAUCAGUGUCAAAUCAUGCGGCGGUAAAUUGGCGAAGCAAGCUUUAAAACCGCAUUAUCAGAAAAGUAGCUGGCGAAACGAGCGCUAUAAAGAAAUCUUCCCUUCAUUUCUUUGGAAAGG